CGAGACCUCCCACUUCCGGUCUCCCAGAGGCUGGGAGACGCUGGGAAGAUGCGCUUGACGGUCGCUGCGGCCAUCUCCCACGGCCGGGUAUUCCGGCGCCUGGGCCUUGGCCCCGAGUCUCGAAUCCACCUGCUACGUAACUUGCUUACGGGUCUGGUGCGACAUGAACGCAUCGAGGCGCCGUGGGCGCGCGUGGAUGAGAUGAGGGGCUACGCCGAGAAGCUCAUCGACUGCGGAAAGCUGGGAGACACCAAUGAGCGAGCCAUGCGCAUGGCUGACUUCUGGCUCACAGAGAAGGACCUGAUCCCAAAGCUCUUUCAAGUGCUGGCUCCUCGGUACCGAGAUCAGAAUGGAGGCUACACAAGAAUGCUGCAGAUCCCAAAUCGGAAUAAGCAGGAUCGAGCCAAGAUGGCAGUGAUCGAAUACAAAGGGAACUGCCUCCCACCCCUACCUGUGCCUCUCAGAGACAGCAACCUUACACUCCUAAACCAGCUACUGCUAGGGCUGCAACAGGACCUCCACCAAAACCAGGAAACCAGCCUCCAAAGCUCCCAUACAACUGAAACACCAAGGAUUUAACUGGAGUUGAAGGGUUUAUGACUCUUUAAUGAACAGGAUCAUAGAUCUUUGGAACUCUUUGAAUAUCAAAAAGGAAUGGAGUUACUAUUGUAAAAUGUGUAGUAGUAAUGGGGCCCAGAACUGGGAGCCAGAUGGCCCUUCCUUUGUACAAUACAUAAAAUUUCUUACACCCA